AUGACUUCGAAAGAUGGCUGUAUUCUCGGAUGGUAUGAUCGGGAAGGCCAACUGCCCUCGAUCCAGCUGGAGGAUGCCAACAUCUACCAGGUGAGUCACUGGGUCCUUGAGCCUUUGACGCUUCGUGAAGAUAUGAGCUAUGCAGAGAUCGUGACCAGCGACAGCAGAGAAGCAAGCCAAACAUGGUUUGUCUCGCACUGGUGGGGAGAGGCCAUGAGUUCCUUCGUGAAGAGCUUGGGCAAGCACUCGGAGAUCCGUGGUCUUCGAUCUGGAAGGGUCGCCUACUGGGCCGCCUGGAGUGCGCUGGGCCCCGGCGAGCGCGCGGGGCCCAAGCCGGGGCGGAAGACCGCGGCGCUGCGCGCCCUGCGCGGUCGCCCCGUCCUGCUGCUCGCCGGCCCCGAGGCCAGGGCACUGCGGCGUCACUGGUGCAUGCUAGAGAUGGCCACCUGUCGAAAUGCUCUCCGCAUCGAGGCACAGCAGGCUGGGGGACUGAAGAAGCCGAGCAUCGGCCGUGGCCUGCUGGACGUGGUAGCCUUGCGAAAAGACAUCCGACGUGGUCUCCCUGUCGUGCUCACGGACGGGCUGACGCAGAUGGAACAGGAGUGGGAGAUGAAACAUCGUGGAAUGGGCCAGAUUUGCAAGACUGACAGAGAGAAGGAUUUCCCCCUUGAGGUUUUCAGCGCCGGGAUUGUCAUUGACUCGGCGGAAAUGGAGGUCUCUGAUCCAUCGGACAGGACGUGGAUCUUGGAGUUCAUCGCACAACGAUCCGGUGAGAGGGAUCCUGCCGACCUGGAUCGGUCCUUGCGCAGCUUCUUCGCUCAGUCGGCCCUUGCCCAGUUGCUGCAUAGGCAGAUGUCCAUCAGCCCAUUCUUGAAUGUUAUCGCCGCCCACUCUUCAGAGGAGGAGCUUGCCCUGCCGUGCUUAUCCCACACCCUCAGCGAGCCGGGAAAGUUUUUGUCAGACCUCUCUCCAACUAUUUGCUGCCUCUCGCAGCUGCGAUGCCUCAGACUGGACUUCGGCUGGCGCAGUCUUUACGCGAACCGAAUGAUUUCCAGCCUUACCUCCGUUGCAGAUCUGGGUGCUGGAAUCAGGCCGCUUCGACAGCUUGAAGAUCUUGCGAUUCGGUUGAGUGGCUGCAAGAACCUUCAGAGCUUGGCUGGCUUGGAUGAUGCAUUGGGCCAGUUAGCAAACUUGAACCGUCUCGAACUUCACCUGCAGUCUUGCGAACUACUUCAGAACUUCAUCGAGCUCGGGAGGAACUUGGGUCGUUUGGUCAACUUGACGUCCCUGGACUGCUGUCUCGGUGGAUGCCCGCGGCUGGUCGACGCAGAUGUGCGGGAACUGGGGAAAGGCAUCCGGAAUCUGACCAAACUGAACCAACUGAAGGUGGAUGUUUCGGGUGCCAAACGUGUCUUUUACCUGACGGAACUCGGACGGAGCAUUCGCUUCCUUCGAGACCUGCGUCACCUGGAGAUGGAUGUGUCCUUGUGCACGAAUUUGUCGGAUGUUUCGACUCUAGGCAACAGUAUGAGGAUGCUUCUCAUGGAGACCGCAAACUUCCAGCCGAACUCUGGAUCUGUCUUUGCUCUGAAGCUGGAGAAAUCUGGUGUGCGAAUAAACAGGGAAAAAGUCAGUGGUUAUGACGAUGCGACCAUGUUCGUCAAGUCCUUGGGAGUGAGGGCGCUGUGCGAUCCUGACGAAGCUGAUCUGCGGCCACCAUCACCCAAAGGCCGCAAUGUCGUGUGGCUCACACACCUGGAGGAGCAGGAGAUCAAGCGCAGCUUUCGUGUGCCGAUGGGCUGCCAGGGUUUUUUCAAAGGCUGUCCACGCCUCUACUGA